AUGCGCAAAGAACUCGAGACAAAGCUCUGCACCGACUUUCCCGAGCUUUACGCAAACCUUCAAUAUAAGCAAUUUGAAUGUCUCGACGGCUGGUAUGACAUGAUUUACCGCCUCUCCGCCAACCUUGCCAACAUUAUAUCUAAUCACGACGAUAUGAAACCAAAUGUAAAGGAAAAAUGGGGGGCUCUUGUAUUCUACAUGUACAGUUAUACCGAUGAGAUUCAUGAGGCAAUUGCAAAGGCUAGCGAGGAAAGUCUGCGUACAUGUGAGACUUGCGGAGGUGAGGGCAAGCUGCUACAAGAUUCGUGGUCUUGGCGGACGAUAUGUGACGGAUGUGAGGUGGAAAGGGAGAGGCAAUGGCUGAGGAGUAAAGCCGGGGAUUUUGAUGCUGUCCCAUCCAUGGGCGACAUGGAUUGA